UGAAGAAAGAAAAUUCGAAAUACAGAUAAACAGUUAAAGAAGGAGGAGGAGAAGAAGCCGCCGCCGCCGGCGACUGUUAACAGCCCGAACCGCCCGCACUUUCCACAACUACCACCACCACCACCACCACCACCUUCUCCGAACUUGCGUCCGUCUUCCUCCUCCUCCUCCUCCUCCUUCCACAGUCAAACAAACAAACACUCUUCAGCUUCUGCCCAUCUUCCCGCUUCCCCCCCUCGCCUCGUCCCCCCUUCCCAUGUCGCUCCUCCGCCGCGGCCCCGCCGCCCUCGCCGCCCUCCUCGCCGUCCUCCUCGCCGCCCUCUGCAUCCCCCCGUCGCUGUCCCAGAACGACACCACCGGCGCCGCUUGCCCCCUCAACUUCACCGUCCUCAGCGACCUCUUCACCCCGGCCGCCCGCCCCUCCCUCGGCGUCUCCACCGAGUGCGGCUACAUCCUCCAGGGCCUCCGCCUCGUCCAGUCCCGUUACCUCCAGCUCACCGGCUCCUUCCUCCCCCCGCUCAGCUCCUCCAAUUCGUGCUGGGUCUCGUACCAGGGCCUCAUCGACACGUUCAUCCCCAACUUCGACAUCCGCCGCUCCUGCGGGUUCGAGACGUCCUGGAUUUCGGAGGGCUGCAUGAACAUCACCACCCUGUCCCAAUUCGAAGCCCUCAUCCCCAACUCCACGCUGAGCAGCGUCGCCACCAGCUGCAACCAGUCGCUCGAGAACAGCUCCCCCUGCGGCAUCUGCACGGUCAGCCUGUCAAGCAUCGCGUCCUACCUGAACGGCCCCUCGGUCGGGAACGUCUCGGAUUGCACCGCCUACCCAUUGAUCUAUGCGGCGGCGUUCGCGAAUUACCUUGGGCCCACGGAUAAAGGUACCGCCAAGUGCUUGUUCAACCUCGAUUUUACGGAUUCGGGGGGCAAGAGUAGGAUGAAGCUGGUGGUGAUACUGGUGGCCCUAAUCGGUUGUGGGUUGGGGGUGGUUGCGGCUCUCAUUGGGUUUUGGCUUUACAGGAGGAAGCAUGGGAGGUUGAAGAGGAGGAGAGGAGGGAUCGAUGGGGUCGAUAGAGGGUUCGGGUUGCAGAAUUUCGAGGAGAGUACCACAGUGGUCAGGUUCUCAUUUGAGGACAUCAAGAGGGCUACUAGGAACUUCUCUAGGGAUUACAUCAUAGGGAGAGGUGGAUAUGGAAAUGUUUACAGGGGGUUGUUGCAGGACGGCACCGAAGUCGCGCUGAAGAGGUUCAAGAAUUGCUCCGCUGCAGGGGACGCGAAUUUCGCUCAUGAAGUCGAGGUCAUCGCCAGCGUCAGGCACGUGAACCUGGUCGCUCUUCGAGGGUAUUGUAUUGCCACGACGCAGUACGAGGGUCACCAGAGGAUCAUUGUGUGUGAUCUGAUGAGAAAUGGAAGUUUGCAUGACCAUUUGUUUGGGUCGGCUGAGAGGAAGCUCAGUUGGCCUAUUCGGCAGAAGGUUGCGCUUGGAACGGCCAGGGGGUUAGCUUAUUUGCAUUACGGGGCACAGCCUGGAAUCAUACAUAGGGAUAUUAAGGCAAGUAAUAUACUUUUGGAUGAGAAGUUUGAGGCCAAGGUGGCUGAUUUUGGUCUUGCAAAGUUUACAGAAGAGGGUGUGACACAUAUGAGCACUAGGGUUGCCGGCACAAUGGGGUACGUAGCGCCCGAGUAUGCAUUGUAUGGGCAGUUGACGGAGAGAAGUGACGUUUAUAGCUUCGGCGUUGUGCUUCUUGAGCUUCUGAGUGGGAAAAAAGCACUCUCGGGUAAUAAUGAUGGUCAACCUUCUCUCAUCACCGAUUGGGCUUGGUCCUUAGUGAGGGAAGGUAGAGCUUUAGAUGUUAUCGAAGAUAAUAUGCUGGAGUUAGGGUCACCGGAGAUUAUGGAACAGUAUGUAUUGGUUGCGGUGCUAUGUUCUCAUCCUCAACUAUAUGCUAGGCCAACGAUGGAUCAGGUUGUGAAGAUGUUGGAAACAGAGUUAUCAGUUCCUUCUAUUCCGGAACGACCAAUUCCUUUAGUGGCAGAUAUGGUUGACAUUGAGAGAUCGUUCAGCAGUAUAGGCUCGGGUCGGUUAUCUACUCCCCGGGGCUUCCAGUCGUAUACGUUGGAAAGUGAUACUCCCCGGGGCUUCCAGUCAGAUACAUUGGAAAGUGAGUGCGCUUCUGACAAUAAAGGAACAAGUUCAAGUACCAGUAAAUAAGUGCCAGUCCAUAUCUGCCUUUGAAACUGCAUGCGCUCCAAACCAUAAGGAAGAAGGAACAAGUUCAAGCACCAGUAAAUGAGUGCCACGGUCUAAAUCUCCAUUCCAAAUUGAAUGCUCCUCUAACCAUAAGGAAGAAGGAAAAGGUCCAGUAAAUGAGUGCCAGAGCCUAUAUCUUUCCAUAUUGGAGGAUGUUUGAGCCUUGCAUAGAGAUGACGCCCCACCAAAUUCAUGAGAUAAGUAGAUAAGUAGAUGAAUGUCUUAGGCAGUUCCACUCUCUCUUUUUGUGAGAAAAAAAAGGGAAUGGUUAUUAUUCUUUCUUCUUUCUUUUAUUUGUUCCACAGUCCAUUUGAAAUUUUAGUAUCUUGUACAUUCCGUUCAUGUUCAUUGUUCUUUAGUUAAGAAUGAAAUCCAAAUUAGAGAUUCAAGGCA